AUGGCUGUAUCCAGGAAGGGUUCAUUUCAGACCUUUGGAAAGGAGGUGUGCAUCACAGGUCACUCGGUGUACCCCGGACUCUGCACCGCCCUUCAGGAGUGCACAUGUUGCCAAUGCUAUGCCAGGUUUGGGGGCCACUUGCCUGUGCCCCGGGCUGAUGCACUGCUGCCCUACUGGGUCCCUCUGUCCCUGAGACCACGAAAGCAGGUCUCAAAGAUGAUGCGGUGUUAUGUCCCCAGAACCAUAAGGUCGUGCCGCUGCCCCUGCCACAGCUUUGGGGGGCGCCUUCCGAUGCCCAGGGAGAGGGCUGUUAUGCCCUAUUGGGUGCCCCAGGGGCUGAGGUCACAGAAGAAGGUGGUGAAGAGGUUGGAGAAUGUUAAAGGCACUCCAGAGUGCUCCCUGGACUCAAGCAGCUGGCAUGGCCGCUGGCGGGUUUGCGGGGACCAGCGUCUCCUCCUCAAGUGGCAGCAGCUCCAGGCCCUUCAUCAGGACGAGCUACCUCAGGAGCUCAUGCCUCGGGAGGAUGAGCCACAUGCUGGCCGCUUAGGCCUCUUCCUGCCCAUCAGCUUCAAUCUCCUGACCCUGCUGCAGGCUAUCCUGAGGGCCAUCAUGGCCAUUCGGUGA